CUCUUGCCUUCACCUCGGUGAUCCUCCUACCUCAACUUCCUGAGUGCUGGGGUUACAAGGGUGGGCCUCCACACCCGGCGGGAUGUGCGUUAAAUGCUUAUGUUCAGCCCAUUGCAGAGUCCUAAUCUCUUCUCAGCAUCAAACUAACAGUUUAAGUGGGCCCAGCGAAGGGAUUCGCUCACUUGUAAAUAAUGACUUGACCACACAGAUGUCAUUAUUUAGAGGGUGCUCUUGUGUUUCUGUACUUUCUUGGAAAUACUCUGGAGCCCAUAUUUAUUUAAGCAACGCUAUUUCCUAAUCCUGACGUCUGAAAGUUCUCACUGGUGUGUCCGGACAAGGCUGGCUUGCUUUUCCUCUACUGCUAAAACGUUCACAUGAACAAAUUAGAACCCAGCCAGUCUUUUUUUAUAAUAGUGACUGUUGAAUUGGUCUUUAUGGUGAAGAAGUCUAUGGAACUACAUACGUAUCUUCCUCAAUAUUUUGUGUCAAAGAUCUGUUUCUUUUAAGUGGCCCCAAAGAUUUAGAAACUUACAAGUAAAUAGUUUAAGGGCUGGAAAGCACAGACGGACCAUAAGAAUCACAUCUGCACAUAAACUGUUGUUCCUGUGCUCAGUAUGUUUCCACUGACUGAAGAAAACAAGUUCGUGGCCCAGCUGUUGCUCAGUACUGGCACCUGUCCAAGAUGUAUCUUCAGGUUCUGCGGUGUGGAUUUUCACGCACCUUACAGACUUCCUUACAAGGAGUUGCUCCAUGAUCUACAGAAAUAUUUGGAAACUGAAAAAGAUGAAUUAAUUUUGGAAGUUUCAAAUCCCGCUCCCAAGAAAAUUAGGCUACAGGAGUUGGAAGACGGGACUGAUGAUCUGAGUCAAAACGGAGAGGGUGGGAGCUCUGUUGGAGAUGGAAGCGCUGAUUCCAAGAACUUGGAUUUAACUGUGUGCAAUGUUUGUCUAGGGAUUCUGCAAGAAUUCUGUGAGAAAGAGUUCGUUAAACAGGUAUGCCACAAGGUCGAGACCUCUGGCUUUGAAUUCACCAGCUUGGUGUUUUCAGUCUCCUACCCACCGCAGGUGUUGGUAAGAGAGCACGCAGCAUGGUUGCUGGUAAAACAGGAAAUGGGAAAGCAGAGUUUGUCGCUGGGGAGAAGUGAUGUAGUUCAGUUAAAAGAAGCCUACAAAUGGAUAAUGCACCCCUUGUUUUCAGAGGAACUGGGUGUUCCCAUCGAUGGAAAGAGCUUAUUUGAAGUGAGUGUGGUCUUUGCUCACCCAGAAACAGUUGAGGAUUGCCACUUCCUAGGUACGAUUUGCCCAGAUUGUUUCAAGCCAGCCAAAAACAAACAGUCGGUGUUCACUAGAAUGGCAGUUAUGAAAGCUUUGAAUAAAAUAAAAGAAGAGGAUUUCCAUAAGCAGUUUCCCUGUCCUCCAAACUCGCCAAAGGCUGUAUGCACAGUUCUUGAAAUUGAAUGUGCUCAUGGUGCUGUUUUUGUGGCUGGGAGAUACAAUAAAUACUCCAGAAAUCUACCACAAACUCCUUGGGUAAUUGAUGGAGAAAGGAAGCUGGAAUCUUCAGUGGAAGAAUUAAUUGCAGACCAUCUAUUGAUAGUAUUUAAAGCAGAGAGCUUUAAUUUCUCAUCCUCUGGAAGAGAAGAUGUAGAUGUGAGAACAUUAGGCAAUGGAAGGCCCUUUGCAGUCGAGCUGGUGAACCCUCGUAGAGUGCGUUUCACAUCACAAGACAUGAAGGAGCUUCAGCAGAAAAUUAAUCAGUCAUCCAACAAAAUCCAAGUACGUGAUUUGCAGCUUGUCACAAGAGAAGCAAUAGGACAUAUGAAAGAAGGUGAAGAAGAAAAGACCAAGACCUAUAGCGCCUUAAUAUGGACAAAUAAGGCAAUACAGAAGGAAGACAUUGAGUUCCUAAAUGAUGUAAAGGACCUAAAGAUCGACCAGAAGACACCUUUACGUGUUCUUCACCGAAGGCCCCUGGCUGUGAGAACGCGGGUCAUUCACUCCAUGGAGACUCUCUUCGUGGAUGAGCACCAUUUUCGCCUCUGCCUGAAGACCCAAGCUGGAACCUACAUUAAAGAGUUUGUACAUGGAGACUUCGGGAGAACGAAGCCAAACAUUGGCUCUCUGAUGAAUGUGACUGCGGACAUUCUUGAGCUAGAUGUGGAGUCUGUAGAUGUUGACUGGCCACCUGCUCUGGACAACUAGCUUUGAGCCUGGAGAUGGAGUAGGGUCUUCCUAGCAUGAUGUGGACAUCCAUGCAGCAGAGCUGUAAAAUGGCUGUUUACCCACCAUGACGGUGUCGUAGAAACCAUUUGGAUCAUGUUGAUCUAUUUUUAAAAUUUGCUGUAACAUCUCAGGCCCUGUCUAUCUGUAUGUGUGUAUUUGUGUUGAAGUGCUCCAAGCACGUCUGUGACUGUUCUCAUUCCCACUGUCACCUCCACACACAAAACUAUGAACAGCGAAACCAUUCUCCCCCUUAGUUUUUUGUAGAGAGGCGCAUAAACAGGAGACAUUUUCUGUGAAGUUUCAGCAUGAUUUCUCUUCACAUGAGACAUACCACCUUUAAAUUCAUAUUCUAAAUUUUCAAAAUUAUUUGAAUAAAAGUUGUAACUGUAAUAUUCUGAACAUCCUAUAACAGCUUAAGAUAGCAAAUGCAAAUCUGACAUUAUUAGUAUUCUUCCUGGUAAGCGUCAAGUGAACUGUUACCAAUGAAAGUACAUGUGGCUGUGAUUUAUCACAGAUCAUUAUGACUUCAAGUUACAGUCUAAAAUCGCCAGUACAUUUCUCGAGGAGGGAAAGUGAAACUUUAGAAAUUGAGGCAUGUUAUGGUAAGAGACUUUCACAGAUAUUUUAAAUAAGGAAAAACAAGUGCCUUCAACAACUUCACUCCCAGGUUAAGAAUUUGAAAAACUGGGGGGCUGGGGAUUUAGCUCAGCGGCAAAAAGCGCCUGCCUGGCAAGCGCAAGGUCGUGAGUUCGGUUCC